AUGUGUGCUGGGAGUGCUGGGAGUGCGCUCUCAGCACAUAUGUUUUUCUUAAUUGCACACAAAUGUGUGGCCACUCGGCGUCUAGGCCCAGACACCGGGAGGCCGCACAUUUGUGUGCGGCCGAGGAGAUCGGGACCUUUCCGUGAGUACCGAACAUGUGUGCUGGGAGUGCGCUCUCAGCACAUAUGUUUUUCUUAAUUGCACACAAAUGUGUGGCCACUCGGCGUCUAGGCCCAGACACCGGGAGGCCGCACAUUUGUGUGCGGCCGGUGCUAAGAGGUUAACUUAAUUGCUUUCACAAG